AAUGGUCGCGGAGAUCGUCAGUGGACUCGAGUACUCAAAAAAGGUUCUUCACGAUGUCGGACAGAAAAUCGCAAAAACCCGUGAGCACCACCCAAAUUUUCAUGCAGUAUUGGCAAUUGUUCAGGUUGGAAAUCGUUCAGACUCCAAUGUGUACAUUAAUUCCAAACUGAAAAAAGCAAAGGAAAUCGGAGCAGAUGGAAAACUCAUUAAGUUGCCAGACACCAUCACUCAAGGAGAUUUGAAGCGAGAGAUUAUGGCUCUUAAUCAUGACAACGAGAUUGACGGAAUUAUCAUUCAGCUUCCACUGGACUGCAAGCACGAAAUCGACGCAGACUCUGUUAUCGACUUGAUUGACCCAUUGAAAGAUGUCGAUGGACUGACUCGUAUCAAUGCUGGACGUUUGGCUCGUGGAGAACUCCAGCGUACGAUCUUUCCUUGCACUCCGUUUGGAUGCUUGUACUUGGUUCAACAGGCAACUGGUGAUGCCAACUUUGUGUCUGGAAAGGAGGUGGUUGUUUUGGGACGCUCGAAAAUUGUCGGAUCUCCAGCCGCUGCGCUUUUCUUGUGGCAUCAUGGAACUGUGACAAUCUGCCACUCAAAAACUCCAAAUCUCAAGGAGAAAUGCCUGAGAGCAGAUAUUUUGAUUGUGGCAAUUGGGAGAAAACAUUUCGUCAAAGCUGAUUGGAUCAAGCCUGGCGCAUUCGUCAUCGACUGUGGAAUCAACGUUGGUGACGACCCAAACUCACGCAAAAUUUACGGAGAUGUUGACACAGAAGCCGCAAAGGAAGUCGCCGGAUUCCUCACACCUGUCCCCGGAGGCGUUGGACCAAUGACUGUUGCCAUGCUCAUCCGUAACACAUUUGAGCAGGCUAAGAGACGACGUCUUGGACAAAAGGAUGACGAUGAUGAGUGAACUUCAAGCACCCACUUCCACCACAUCAUUUGCGAAUGAACUAUUUAUAAUGUGCUUUUUGGUUUGACUUUUUACUCUUUAAAAUUUGUUGUGACGUUCUGGAACUUGAAGUCCUCUUCAUACCUUUUUUUAAUCUAAUCUUUUCAAUUUGUAUUUUCUUUUUAUUGUCACUUUCCACCGAAAUAAACAAUGACCAAGGACAC